GCGAGUGGGGGAGACCCGGACCCCGCCGCCGGGCAGCGGACGGAGGCGGCAGCGGCAGCAGCAGCAGCAGCGGCUCUCGAUCGCGACCAAGCCCGGGCCCCGGCCCGGCCCCGGCCCCGGAGGUCUCGGCGCGGAAGAUGGCCGGCGGCGUGGACGGCCCCAUCGGGAUCCCCUUCCCGGACCACAGCAGUGACAUCUUGAGCGGCCUCAACGAGCAGCGCACGCAGGGCCUGCUGUGCGACGUGGUGAUCUUGGCCGAGGGCCGCGAGUUCCCCACACACCGCUCGGUGCUGGCCGCCUGCAGCCGCUACUUCAAGAAGCUCUUCACGUCAGGCGCCGUGGUGGACCAGCAGAACGUGUACGAGAUCGACUUCGUGUCGGCCGAUGCGCUCACGGCGCUCGUGGACUUCGCCUACACCGCCACGCUCACCGUGAGCACAGCCAACGUGGGGGCCAUCCUCAGCGCCGCCCGCCUGCUGGAGAUCCCCGCCGUGAGCCACGUCUGCGCCGACCUGCUGGACCGCCAGAUCCUGGCGGCCGAUGGAGGCACCGAUGCUGCACAGCUCGACCUCGUGGACCAGCUGGACCAGCGCAACCUGCUGCGGGCCAAGGAAUACCUCGAGUUCUUCCAGACCAACCCCAUGAACAACCUGCCCGCUUCGGCCGCGGCUGCCGCUGCCGCUGGCUUCCCCUGGUCGGCCUUCGGCGCCUCCGACGAUGACCUGGACGCCACCAAGGAGGCCGUGGCCGCCGCCGUGGCUGCCGGCGAGUGCAAUGGCCUGGACUUCUAUGGCCCGGGCCCCCCUGCUGGCGAGCGGGGCCCGUCCGGGGACGGCGAGGAGGGUGACAGCACCCCAGGCCUGUGGUCCGAAAGGGAUGAGGAGGCACCCAGCGGCGCUCCCAGCAGCGUGGCCGUCGGGGGGCUCUUCCAGGGGCCCACGCAGAACGGCCACUAUGGCCGAGCCGGCGAGGAGGAGGCGGUGGCGCUGUCCGAGGCGGCCCCUGAGUCGGGCGACUCACCGGGCCUGUUGGCGGGCCACUCUGCUGCCGCCGCCGAUGGCGAGGAUGGGGACGGCCCCGACGAUGGGCUGGCGGCCAGCACGCUGCUGCAGCAGAUGAUGUCGUCGGUGGGGCGGGCGGCAGCGGCUGGGGAUAGCGAGGACGAGACGAGGGCCGACGACAAGGGCGUGGUGGACUACUACCUGAAAUACUUCAGCAGCGCCCACGACGGCGACGUUUACCCGGCCUGGUCGCAGAAGGUGGAGAAGAAGAUCCGCGCCAAGGCCUUCCAGAAGUGCCCCAUCUGCGAAAAGGUCAUCCAGGGCGCCGGCAAGCUGCCGCGCCACAUCCGCACCCACACCGGCGAGAAGCCUUACGAGUGCAACAUCUGCAAGGUUCGCUUCACCAGGCAGGACAAGCUGAAGGUGCACAUGAGGAAGCACACUGGGGAGAAGCCCUACCUGUGCCAGCAGUGCGGGGCCGCCUUCGCGCACAACUACGACCUGAAGAACCACAUGCGGGUGCACACCGGCCUGCGGCCCUACCAGUGCGACAGCUGCUGCAAGACCUUCGUGCGCUCCGACCACCUGCACAGGCACCUCAAGAAGGACGGAUGCAACGGGGUCCCUUCACGCCGAGGCCGAAAGCCCCGGGUGAGGGUGGCCGGCACGCUGGGGGGGCCCGAGCAGGCGCCCCCGGGGCUCCCCGCGCCCCAGCAGCCGCCGCCGCCACCCCCGCCACCGCCGGCCACCGCCACCCCCGAGGACGACGACGACGACCACGACCACGACACCGACAGCCACCGGAACGACCCCGCAGCUGCAGCUCCGGGGAGCGCGCAGCGCAACGGGCAGGAAAAGCACUUUAAGGACGAGGAGGACGAGGAGGAGGACGACCCGGCCAGCCCGGAUGGCAGGUCGAGUGCAGCGGGGGGAGCUGCCGGGGCGCUUCAGAGCCAGGAGUAACCCUGGCCUGGCCUGAAAACAAACAGGAAAAAAAAAAAACA